UCCAUUUCUCUCUCUCUCUCCCUCUCUGAAAUUACACAAUGAUGACGCCGGUGAAGAAACAUUUUGCCAUUAGGCCGGCGGAGUUCUACGGGAACGGGCUUCCCCGACCUCGUUACUUCGAUAGCCCUCAGUUCAACUCUCACCGCGUUGAUCCGCCGCUUUCUGUGCUUGAUCCGCUUCUCUCAUGGGCGAGAGAUGCUCACUGGUCCAUGGGUGGUCUCAACUUCACGCGCCUCCGUCUCCAGGGCCGAAUCGAAGGAAAUGUCAACAAGCUCCGUGCCCAGCUUGAGAAAUCUAGCCCUGUGAAACUCGAAUCUGGAAGUUCCGAGAAGAAGAAGACGAAGAGAUCUGGUUACGACUCUCCCCCUGCGACUCCGAUUGCGGUGAAACGAAGGAAGUUCUUAGAUCUGAACGAUGAUGAUGAUGGCGAAGAGGUUGGAUCGGAAGAUGAAGGUGUGGCUAGAAUCAGGAGAAAACUCUCUGAUGAUUUUGAUAGAGUGGCUGUAGAGAGCAAGACCAAAGUGGUUAAAUCCAGCCAAAAAUCAAUCGAAUCGGAAUUAGGGAAGAGAUCGAAGGAGAAGAAGACCCAAAAGGUUGAGGAGACGAGCUCAACGAGGACAUCUCCAAGAUUGGCUAAGCGUAGAUCGAGUUAGUUUUCAUUUAGCUUCGUCAAAAAUCUCUCUCUGUAGGGUUUAAACUUAAUGGUAUAGUUCAUGAAAAUGCAAUUUAGUUUUUGGAUCUCUCUUGAAGAGAUAACAGAUUGUGUGCUUA